CUAUUGGAUACUUGGUGAAAGCGCAGUUAGUUGACUUUCAACAGCUGACUGCGGAGCAGGCUUUAAUGACCUGAUAGACACGUUGUACCUUAUUUACUUUGCCAAAAAACAACAACAUGAAUUUUGUCAGAUCUCGCCUUUCCAUCGGCAACAUUAUAGGUCAGAGAUGCAGACAGGUCACUGAAACAUGGAGUCACAGAGGGAUGUGCAGUAAACCACAGCAGGCCAAAGCAGAGCCUCUGCCUGCAGCCCCGGCACAAGCCCCUCGUGCGGGGUUCAAAAUGCCAGGCUACAGACCCUCAGAGCUGGACAAGAAGUUCCUGGUCUGGUCGGGACGCUUUAAGACAGCAGACCAGAUACCGGAGUUUGUGUCGUUUGAGAUGAUUGAUGCUGCCAGAAACAAAGUCCGAGUGAAAGCCUGUUAUGUGAUGAUAGGGGCCACGGUCGGGGCCUGUCUGUUCAUGAUCUUCUUGGGCAAACGGGCUGUAGGCAGGCACGAGUCCCUGACGGGUCAAAACUUGGAGAAGAAAGCUAAAUGGAGGGAGGAACUACAGAAAGAGAAAGAUGCUGCUGUUGCCCUGGCUGAGAAGGCUCAGUGAAUGAAGUCAACUAGUUCCUAAACAACCAUGUCAAUUUCCCCAGAUAUUGGACCAGCAGUGUCCCCCUUCUCAACAAUAUCUCACAACUUCCACUCCCAUACUAGAAAGCAACUGAACCAGAGCAAACCCUUAGAGUCCUGUUUUUAUAUUUGCCUGUGGCAACAGUCUUUUGCAUUUAUCCGUCUUGUGAAGACAGUUUCAAAAUACCUACCAUGUUCUUCGGAGAACAAGUGGAUUAGGCACAAUCCUUUUGCACAAUAGUCAGCCCUGAUACCAAUGUAAUUUGACUGGUGUGUUUAUGGCUGAUGUGACAUGUUUGUAUAUAGUGAGCAAAAUCAUAUAAUCAUCAAUAAAGUAAUGCUUCUAGAGAA